AGAAACGAAAAAGUGAAAGUUAGUUUUCCACGAAUUUUGAGCAAUUUAGAAAUAAGGAAGCAUAGCACACUGAGACAAUCGAUAGAGAAAAAUUAGUUUGCAAUGUAAUACAAGUUUUUCUUCCGGAUUUUCAGGACACCUCAAGAGGGAAUCAAACGUAAAGUUUCCUCUAUCCGCAUUCUUUUCAAUAAUGAUCAAAAAGAGAACACCAACCCGAACGCGCUUCCUUUAGCUGAACCUCUUGAUUCACCUCUACUCCCUCCAGCCAUUAAUGAUGAAAUCCGCCAAAGCUCCUCUCAAACUGCUCAACAUCUGAAAAUAUCCAAUGCCUCCACCAAUCCACAGUUACUUUCAUCUGCAUGCUCUCCCAUUCCUGUCACUCCUUCCCCCUCUUCUUGUCUUUGUAAUUCUUUUUCUGAGACGCAAAACAAUGUAGAGAAUAUAAUUGAAAAUAUUUCCACGCGCAUGGCUGGUUUAAAAGUGAACAAAGGUAGUCAAACUGAUAUCCCUGAUCAAAUGUAUCAAUUACGAGAAGAAAAUGAAAAUUUGCGAAAGCAAAUGGAAAACCAAAAAUUUCGGUUUGGAGUUGGCCACAUAAAAAGUAAUGAUAACUGGAUUAAGUACUACACAUCAAUGCACGACUCUAAAAUGCUUGACAUUUUCUUAAAAUUGUUUGAUGAUGUGAAAGUUAAUUAUUAUUAUGGAUGGACGGUAAAAGUAAUUGAUAGGCAUGACCAAAUCCUGAUGACACUGAUGAAAUUGAGACUAAACUUAGGCGAAAUAGACCUGGCACGCCAGUUUAAUGUUGGUCAGUCAACAGUUUCAAACAUUGUGAUCACAUGGAUCCAUGUCUUCUAUGAAGUUCUGUGUGAAGAUUUCAUGCGAGAUAUUCCUUCCAUGGAAAAAAUAAAAAAAUGUAUGCCCUCGUGCUUCCGCGACUUCCCCAAUUGCAGAAUAAUCCUUGACUGCACGGAGGUUUUCAUUGACACUCCAAAGAAAUUGUCACAACAAAAUAAAACAUAA